GUUGUGCUUGGGGAACACGCCGCCAACGGGAAGGCAGAAACUCGCGUCAGUAUGGAAAAAAUAAGUUGUUCAAGUUUCUCCUAGAUUUUUGACGACUGUGAUGGGUUGUGACUUGAGAACCAGUUGAGAUGAAAAAACAGAGUUAAGUCAUUUCUACCAGAAGUAUGGAUGGCAAAUUCCCGUCUUUGGGAGCCAAUAGCGAGCAGAGCCAUGGAUUAGCAGAAAAUACACAUUGUGAACACCAUGUGUUGGAUAAUACCAAUGAUAUUUCCUCUGCCUGUGGAAAAAUGGUCUCUGAGGAGAAUUAUAGCAAAAAGUGGGAUGGAGAUGUUGCUAAUGCUUCUCCAGAAUCACUACAUUGUCAGGGGGCAGUUGCAAGGAUGCAAGAAAUCCCUCCUGAAGUUGCAUCUUUAUCUACUUCUUAUGCCUCAAUGGCUUAUUCUCCAGAUUGUCAGCAAAUUCCGUCUGAAACAACACCCGAACCAAUCAAGAAAUCCAAUUUUCCAGCAUACCAGCAUCCUAGCAUGGAAGAUUUGAGAGACAUUCCAGAUGGUUAUAUUGGGAGAAAAGAAUCAGUGACUUACAUCUAUAAUUCUGUGAAUGACCAGCUACCUGCUGCACGAAAAGAGAACGUGAACAGUGACAACCCUGUGACCAAAGAGACCUUAGAGAUGAAUAACGAGAUGGAACUGGUGCAAGAUCUACUGGUGGACGUGUGUGAAUCACCACCGAUCCAUGAUCCCUCAGCUGAGUCAAGAGCAGUGGAUUUUGCUAAGAGUUAUGAUCCCGUAGAUAAUGAGAUCCUCGAGAAAGAAAGAAGACAGCCGACUGAAGCACAAGAGUCAGCGGUUAUUAUUUUAUCAGAUGACACUAAGAAGUGUUAUUUUGUGCCAAAUCAAGAUUUACAACAGAAGACAGGUAUGGAAUUUGUGGAUCCCCUGAUUGAUGGCUUAUCACUAAAUGUCAAGGUGCUCAGUAAGACCAGUUGCGGGAUGCAUAAAGACAGCUCAUCGGUGGGACUUCAUGAUGCCACUAAGGUUUUCUCUUUGACACAGGAUUCAUAUUCUACCAUUAAUCCAAUCAGAUCUAACAUGCACGAGCAGUGCAACGGAUACAUCUCCUAUGCUUCUUUAACCAUGUCAAACAGUAGUGGGAAUGAUGAAUCAGUGUUGAGACAAGUUGUUCAACAUAGUUCUCCUAGAACAUCGAGCGAACCUGCUCAGUCAUGUAAAAUCGUCAGCACUGGGAAAUGUAUGGAAACCCAAAAUAAGAACUGUACAGACAAUAACACAACUCUUCACAAAUGUUUACCUGGUCAACAUUUGAAGGUUGACACCGAACCAAAUUCUGCAUCUACCUCUCACAAAGAACAAAGACUUGUGUGUAACCUUCAAAAUGGGAACGUUCCAACCAUUAACUCUUUGGGUUCCCCAACACCAGUGGAAAUUUCGAACAAUUGUAUAGAGAGUGAGAGUCUAAUCUGUCAUCUGGUCAAAAUUCUUGCAAGGUGGUGGAAAAAAAAGAAACUAGAGAGUCAUUUAUGCCUAAUGAUAAACUUACCUGUAGUCAAAAUCACUGUUCUUUUGAGCCUGCAUCAUCAGAUGCAAACAAUACCUCACUGAUGACAAGUAACACUGACAAUGAAACCGAUACAGGACAAAUAAUUACUCUGAAUAUCAUGAAUGUUGGAACAGUUAGCGAUGAUACUCCUGCUCAUUAUGUUUCCCAAGGACAAUUACAGUCUUUGACUGAUAGCUCAAACCCUGAGGCAAAAGUGAACAGUGUUUCUAGCUUAGAAAACACAAGUAAGAUGAUCACGUCUGAGGUAAACUUUGGGACUCCACAAACACCCACCGAUUUCUUUGAGACAGAAACAGCCCAUGUUGAACCCUGUAAAAACUUUUCCAGUCUCUUUGUGCAGCCUGAAUGUAAAAUUUAUUCUGAUUUUAAGUCUUCCUUGGCGAAUCUUAGCAAUGUCAGUACUUCUGUUCGAACAAAAAAAAGAGUUGGCCUUUCCUUUAAAAAGAGAAAACUACUGAAAAUGGGCAACGCGUUUUCAACAACUCGGAAAACUUUGGAAACCGCACAAGGUUUGCAGGAGCAUCGUUUUCGGAAAAUUUCCAGAGAUUUCAAAAAGAUCCUCGUGAAAGCGAAAAAACAGCAGUCACCACGUUUAGUAGAAAAGCGCAGAAAAUCGAACAAAAACACAUUGGCCAGGUUUUCAGUGCUUCUUUAGGUUCACAAGCAAAUCAUAUUCAAAAGGCAUUGAAGACCGAAGAACAUAACGAGGAGCAUGAAAACGGACCUCGAAGCAGCAUGAAGGAUUUGCAUUCAAAUCCUAGUAAUACACUACUGAAAAUGCCUUCGGAGUCACAACAAAAUGAUGCAGACUUGACACAAAGCAGGAAACAAAUAUCGUGUGAAAAACAAAACAAAAUGAAAUGUCUUAGCACUGAGAUAAACAGUGAUGAUUCUUUUGAAUUGUCUCUGCAGUCUACUGUUAACAGUACAGGAUUCCGUUCUCGCAUUACCAAUGCGUUUAGCAAAACGGUAAAGAACAGAAGGUCGAGAAAGAUGGAUGCAAGUUUGAAAGCAUCUGAUCAACAUCCAGGGGAGUUAUCUGAUAAGGAUGUUGGCAAUAAGAAUCCAGUAUGUGAAACAAAUGCACUUUCUUCCAUUCGGAAAAUAGACAGAUCUACACAGUACAGCGAUGAGGACUAUGCGACUGCUUUAAAUAACGUCACACGUACAGUGGCUCAUGCUGUCAAGAGUACUAAAGUAACCAAGAAUUAUAUCAGCUGUAAGUACUGUUGCCGAUCCUUCCGUCAUAUCUCUGCAUAUACCAUUCACCAGCGUAUUCACACGGGCGAAAAACCUUACAGGUGCGAAUGUUGUGGAAAGAACUUUGCUCAGCUGUCCAAACUCAAAUCCCAUAGAAAUGUCCAUUUCCGGUCUGUUCUUUUGCCAUGCCCAUGCUGUGGGAAAGAACUCUCAGAAAAAAGGGAUUUGAUGGCCCAUUUUAUGACUCAUGUAAAGGCAUCAAAAUGGAAUAACGAACCAAGCCAAGAAGGCAACAAACCUGACGCCCCAAUAAUGGGCCCUACACAUAGCAAGAGAAUAAUUUGCAACGUUUAUAACAACAAAUUUCCCACUGGCUACCUGAGGAAAUUUCAUAAACAUGCUUGCGAUAAGCUCAUGUCCUGUAAGACGUGCGGACAAAAAUUUAAGACAUCUUCCCAGCUAGUAGCCCAUAAAAAGACCCACUGGCCAGUUAAACCUUAUGCCUGCUCCAUUUGCGCUAAAGGUUUUGAUCGUCUCAAGGCUCUGAAAAAGCAUUCUGAGAGACACACAGGGGAUAGGCCUUUCUCCUGUUCUCACUGUCUUCAUGCAUUUGGUGAUCUUCCUGCACUGCGGCUGCAUCAACUGUCCAAACUAUGCAAUCCGAAACCACCUUUAAAUGGAGACGAUUGUGAUCUUGAGGGCUUUCUAAUCUCAAAUGGAGUCCAUAGUCGUGUAAAUACGCCAAUGUUCUUCAAGUGCCAAAUAUGUAAAGGACACUAUCAGAAGUGGUGUCAGUAUACUCUUCACCUUCAAACACACACAAAAUCUCUGUCCUAUCUGUGCUUUGCUUGUGGACAGAGCUAUGAAAAGGAUUCUGUAGUCGAUGUACACUGUAGAGUAUGUUGUCAGACAAGUGGGGAGGAGGUGGCUUGUGGUUCUUUACUUUCGGAAAGCUUGCAUAGCAACUCCAGGAAAUGCACUUCUUUGAAGGAUAGUCCACCAGCUGACCUUUAUACUGUAGAGGCUCCCAAUGGCAAUUCUUUGUCAAGUGCUGGCCAGUUGCACAAGAAUUCCCAAACUCCAAGCAAUCUGCAGAGGGACCUUAUGCCCGAGUCCUCUCAGCUUAUACGGGCUUCAACAUUGUCGGGAAAUGUGUCUCAUGAUAGUCACCUACCCUCAUCACCCACACCUUCUGUGAUGACUUGUGUCUCCUUGAAUGAGUCUCAGGAAUGUGUUAUAAUAUCACCAAGACUCUGCAGAUUUAAAUGUCCACGAUGUGGUCAGAGGUAUAAGCGAUAUAGGGCUUUAUGCCUACACAUGCAGACACAUGCUCCUACUUUUAAAUACGUUUGCGGGCCUUGUGGCCACUCCUUUGAAAGGUGGAACAAACUCUGGUUGCACCAGAAAAUUCAUCGCCGGAAAGGCCAAGGUUAUACUUGUUCACAGUGCAACGUCCAAUUUCACUUCUUUAGCUCGUAUAGAAUGCACAUGCUAAACCAUUCUGAGGAAAGACCCUACACUUGCCCCCUUUGCUGCCAAAUCUUUGCCCGUGAAUUAGACUUGCAUGUUCACCAGUGCAGUCUUCAGCAGCCAUCAAGAAAAUUACAGUGCGAUGUUUGUUCCAGGACCUUUAGUAAUUCGACAAACUUGCUUAAGCACAAUCUCCUUCACAAUGGUGCCAUUUCUCACCAGUGCCUUCAAUGCAAUCUGUCCUUUCCAAAUAACAAAAGUCUACACGAACAUUUAAACACUCAUAGUUCUUGCGUCAGCCUCCUCCCUCCGCUCCCAUCAGAGCCUUUCACAUUUCUACACAACUGCAAUAGAUGUAAGAGCAGCUUUUCAACUGGGGAUCUACUGUUUGCUCAUCAGAUAUGUCAUACCAGAAAAUUAAAAAACCGAGUGCAGUCCACCCAAAGCCAUGAAUCUACCUCAGGGGCCCUUGGAGGCACAAGAUCUUCUACAAACAGGUCUCUGCUAUCAACUCUUGACCUCGAUGUCAUUCCAAAGGAGAGCCUUUUUAAAUACCCCCACCCAGAUAAACUUUAUAUACCAUCUCAUCUUUCAAUUACAUCAAAAAGGGUCCCGGUCAUUAAUCUAGUUUCGGCUGACGAGGACCUUUCACAAGAAGGCAGCAUUGGACCUUCUGAACAAGAAUGUCCCAAGAUUUCUCAAGAAAAUUCAGAAAACAAAUUCAAAAACCAACCCCAGGUUUUGGAAAGCCAAGGUUGGUCUGAGAACUUUCAGGACACGACUAGUCACAAUAGUCCGACCCCGUUUGCUGAAACAAGUGUAUUAUUGGAGGGUCCAGCCGCCACUGUGCACACUGCUGAAAAUGAAAUACAGGGUGAGAUCUUUGAAUGUGCAGAUUGCUCUGAAAAGUUAGGCAGUCGUAGAGAAUUAUUCGAACACUACUUUCUGCAUGCGUUAGGGAAUACACACCUUUAGAGAUUUCUCUGAACGACUCCUACAACCUUUGUCAGCUGCUUUUUUUUUUUUUUUUUCUGUAAAUAGUUCUAGUAUUAUGAAUGUGAAUGUUACAGGUGCUUCAUCCACCAUAAGUCACGUAAUAGUAUUGCAAAAGGCUAUUUUAUUAUGUAAUCAUCAGACACAGUUACAGAUACAAGAAAAUAUUUCCCUCUGCCUUUUCUCCCUUCCCUCCUGUGCCUUAUUUUCAUAUCAAUUUCAACAAUUUCGUGCCUUCUCCUUUUGCAGUAACCGUUUUGAUAUUUAUGGGAAUCUAAGUCAUGAAGUGAUACAGAUUGUUUACAAAUGUAUGUAGGUCAUCCUGUUUGCUAGAACUAUGGUUAUUCAAUGAUAUAUAGACCUACACUGGAAAUUGUAUUAGAAAAAAUGUAUUUGUUUAUGCAUUUCUUUACUGUAUCAGUAAAAAAAAAAAGUGACUAUUUUUAAAGAUGCAUGAAUGCAAGCUAAUUGGUUCAUUAUGUUGAAUAUAUUUCCAUGCACGUUUUGUUAAGUCCUCUAGAGCCAUUUACAUGGACCCUUUAAAAAAAUCUUUAAUAAAACUACUUACAGGA